GACACGAGUCGGACAGUCUACUUCGCCAUGGCCAGUGGCAGUGGCAGCGCGAGCGGGACCCGCGAGGUCCACCCUUUCGACGGGUCCCGCAUGGCCCCGCGGAGCAACGAGUCGUUUACGCUGUCGGGUUCGGUUGCCGACGACCUGCCCGAGAUCGGCGACGCCUUGAUGGUCAACAUGUCGCCGCCGAAGGACAACUUCAAACGCCUCGGCUCCUCCAGGGAGCACUUCAGCCGCGAGGACAUCAGCCCUGCCGCGGGCGCCGUCGCCCCCAAGGAUGAGGGCAGUGUGGGCGCCCCUGAGGACGCCCCGAUGGGCGGCGGCGAAGGCGCCGCCGUCGGCGAGGAGCAGGUCGCCGUCGCCGAGGGCGCUGAGGAGACGGACGCCGACCGUCACGCAGGGACGAUCAAGGCGGAGUUCAAGGCGAUGGGCAUGAAGAUGGUCGAGAUGUUGGCGCAUACGUCUGUCGCACCACCUCCGUUGGCCAUGGGCGCAAUGGCCAUGCCCGUGGACCCCGUGGACGCGCGUGCGGAGGGCGAUGACGGUGAGAACGCUUCGGCGGCGGCUGAGCCUGAGCAUGAACCGAUGCUUGAUGGCGAGCAUGGGGGUUUGCUCGACGACGACGACCGCAGGGUCAGCCCCUUGUCUGUGGCGGAACCGCUGCCAGCAGGGGCAGCGUUCGCCAACUUCAACAGGAUCAGAGCCACGGUCAACAGCUACGCUGACAAGAUGUGCUCCCCGACUUGGUUCGCAGACAUUGUCCUCGGUACAAUCCAUUCCCUUGCCAGGAGGUUGGAGAACCGAGGCGAGGCGGACAUCCUGAAUAAGGCACCCUACGACGUCCAGGCGGCCUACAAGCAGUUGAUGGUGCGCGUGAAGGCAGUGAUCGAGUUGCACAAGGGUAUCAAACAGUGGGGGGAGGCUUCAGAUGACCGCGCCCUCGAUUCCAUGUUGACGCCUCUCUCUGUGUUAUUGGGCUACCACCUUACAGUCAACGGUUUCAUGAACGACGAGCUGAACAUCACCUUCGCCUAUGCGAUCUUCAGAGGGAUGGCCGCUCAGCAGGGCUCCGUCUCGGCGGCGGUGCGCCUGUUCGACGCAGGCACGCUUCAGCACAUGGUGGCGCUGAGGGAGCUCAUCAUCUCCACGUGCGUCAAGACAGAGACCGCAACGAGCGAGGCGGUAGUGAAGGUGGAGGACACAGCGUCGGCCGCCGCCGAGCCGCCGCAGAAGAAGCCGAAGCGCAAGCGAGCCACGCUCGACACGCAGGGAAAAGUGGUGAAGGGUCAGACGGCGCUCUAUUACUUGUCUACGAUGGUCUCGGACAACAUCCGUUCUUGGCUGGGCGGCCUCAGCGAGGCCGACGUUCGGGACACCGCCAAGGCCAACAGCAUCAUCAAUGAGCUCAGUGAGAUAGUCAAGUUCUGGUCCGAGAAGGAGAAGCAGAUCGAGACGUCCGUGGAGGACGACACUUUCGCCGAGGUGCUGAAGAGCGCGCUCGUGGUCGCCAGGUGCGCAUACACCAUGGAGAAGGUCAGGCCCUCCACUGCCUUAGCGAGAAAGGCCAGGAGGGCGAUCGCCGAGCAGGUGAAGCAGCCAAGCACCCCAGCUUCGGAGCUUGCGAGAUCGAUGUGUGCUUACCCAGCUCCGAAGUUCCUGAUGGAAUCCAGUCGGCUUCACGUGAAUCAGAGCAUCGAGGACGAGACGGCGACAACGAACUUCAAAACAUGCUCGGAUUCUUUUGAAUCCCAUUUCAGCGCUCUUUUCGACGACCCGCAGGGAUGGAAGAUCAGCGCGCUGCAUAACAUUGCCGACAAGGCCAUGGACGGCUGCGGCAUGGAUCUCGUGUUCUUCUUCGGAGGCAUUGGCCCCUUCUUCACGGGUGCGUGGGCGGCACUUUCGACCUGGACUUCAGCGUGCGCGCAGGAGAACGUCUCGUUCUUCGUGGAAAAUUUGGCGAACAGCUUCGAGAUCCUCGAGGUCGCUAAGUACAUGAUUACGGAGGUCUACUGGGCAUGCGUGGGAUCCACCAGCGGGCGGAUGGGCAACCUGCUGAUGGAGACCAUCAUGGGCUCCGAACCACAAGAGUCUGAGUCGGCUGAAUCGAAACAGGAGCGUCAGCGGGAGAUCGAUCAGGAGUUGGAGUUAUACAAUACGAGGCUCAAUAAGCUGCUGGCCACAUUGCCGCGCUUCGCCGACGCCCUGAAGGACUAUUACGACCGUUACUUGAAGUGCAGGAACUUGGCAAUCCAGCGCAUGGGCGACAUCUUCAUCUCCGAGCUCGGCGAAGACCACAAGACUACGAACCCCAUCACGUACGAGGUCGAGCUUACCCACGUCAAGACCGUGAUCACCGAUAUGGCUGUCUACCAGAAGCACUGCAUGGACCUGGCUGGUGCGCGCGCUGAUUUCUCGACUGCUACUGGGCGCGAGGAGUUCACGAAUAUCAUCAUAAAGCUCGCUGGCCUCCAGCGCUUCAUGGACGGCGAGCACUGGUCGAACAAACUCGAGCAGUCGGUCGAUUGCGUUGUGGCCGACAAGGACCGCGUGAAUUCAAUCGGCGCCACCUUCUGCGAGUUCAAGGACGUCGCAGGCUCGCAGAUCUACACCGCCUGCUCCGACAGGUUCGUGGCAGAGCGCAUGGUGGACAUCGCUCCGUCCCUGACCUUCGCCAUCGUGAGCGUGAGCGAGGAUGUGGUUGCGGAGGGCAACGGUGACGCUGCGUUCGGGAAGCUGGUCACGGCUUCCACGCCAAUGGAGGACCUCUUCCAUCCUGGGGUUACCUUCGUGGACGGCGGCCGCGCAGACGAGGAGGCGCUGCAGGCAUCGACGCACUACAAGGCCCUCUCAGACUUGGUCGCUUUCCUGGAGGCGAGUGGCCUCGCAUCCUUCAGCAUCUCAGGCGUGAGUACCAGCGAUGGUGACAAGCGGCUGCCAGCGGAUGCCGCCGUCUCCUACCUGAAGAUGAUCACUAACGUCAAGGACGUCACGGCCAUCGCGGCGGUGGCGCAUCACAACGUGUUCGUGAAUAUCAAGGGCGCUAAGGACCUGAAUGAUACGGACAUCGCGCGCGUGUUCGGUCCCUUCGUGCACGCCCAGACUUUGUUGGCGAAGGCGCUGGUGAGGAUUCACGACCUGAUGUCCUCGAAGGAGAUACAUUCGCUCGAGUGCCUGGGCUUCGCAGCCCCCUUUACCGUCCAAUCCGUGAGGCAGUGGGCUAAGGGAAUGUCUGUGCUGUCAGGUUUCUGCAGGGCGGAGCUGCUGAAGCGCCUUGCGGAUAUCGUCAUGAAAGACGCCGCUGAGUGCAAGAAGACCCUGCCCGACUGGAGCGCCGUCAUGGACCAGCAGACGGGCGCGCUCAACGAGAAGCUGGCGACCAAGCAGUUCAACAACUUGGAGAAGAUCGUGGAGUGGUACAACACCAUUCACAAACAUUUGCGGUGGCUUUCGAGGGCGGGCGUGUUGAUGGAGCUGACCCCGAGCAUCCAGCACCACGACCUCACUUCGGAGAGCGUCGCCGUUGCCAUGGCGUGCAUGGGGAAGACGAAGCAGGUGAUCACCAUGACCAAGGGCAUCAUGAUGUUGGCGGGCUUGCGCCAGGACCCUGGCGGGCCCAAGCGCGCCAGGGACUUCGUGGCAGAGAACAAGGCGAAGAGCCCUGACAUCCCCAAGGGUUUCUGGGACGAGCUGGAGACCGUCGCGGCCGAGGGCGGCGGCGCCGAUGACACCGCAUCGGUGGCUGGCAAGUCUGCCAAGGCCACCUCCGUGCAGCAGACGCCGCCGCCCAAGAACGCUGCCACAACGGAGGGGGCGAGUUCGGCGACCAAGAGCAAGCAGGAGGACGGGACGGGCGCCAGCGCUGGCGCUCCUGAGGUAGGCGGCGGCGGCGGCGGCUCCGACGCGGCAGCGGAGCAGCCAGCUGAGCCCGUCAAGCCAAAGCGGGCCAAAGGCCUCAAACGCACGAAGUGCGAGCAGUAG